AGCCCCAGUUUCCUGAAACGAGCGACGAGAGAAGCCGGCGGCUGAGUAAAGAGAGUGAGUGACGGACAAAAUGUGAAACCCAAGCGUUUCAGGGUCGGACAUGGAGUGUAGACAGUGACGGGAUGAACGCUGGCGGACUGAGUGUGAAUUCACGCGAGCGCGCGGCUGAAGGACGCGCCGGGUUGUCUUGGAAGCGCGUGAAGGGAAACCGUGGUGGCGGAUUAGCGCGAGGCGUCUGGAGACAUCCUGAGCGCUCGGACUGGCUGAACUGAAGGCCCUCAGCGGCUUGUUUGAACAAACCGAAAAGGACAGGGAUUAAAGUAUUCCGUGUGCUCGGAUAAAGGAAGAGAGAGGGAGAAGAACAGCAGUCAUGCCUGGCUGUGGUUCCCAAAGUAAGCAGCGGUCCGGGGCAGAGGACGGAGUGGAGAGCGCAGAGCCCUUCACUACUUCUGUUAAGAAGAUGCUGAAAUGUGUGGUGGUCGGAGAUGGAGCGGUUGGUAAGACCUGCUUACUCAUGAGCUACGCCAAUGACGCCUUCCCUGAGGAGUAUGUGCCGACUGUGUUCGACCACUAUGCAGUAAACGUUACAGUAUCUGGCAGAAAGCACUUGUUGGGGUUGUAUGACACAGCUGGACAGGAAGACUACAACCAGCUGCGGCCCCUUUCCUACCCCAACACUGACGUGUUCCUCAUCUGCUUCUCCGUGGUGAACCCGGCCUCUUAUUACAACGUGCAGGAGGAGUGGGUUCCCGAGCUCAAGUCGCGCAUGCCUCAUGUGCCAUACAUCCUCAUAGGCACACAGAUUGACUUGCGAGACGAUCCAAAGACACUGGCCCGUUUGCUCCAGAUGAAAGAGAAGCCACUGACAUACGAGCAAGGCCUCAAGCUGGCCAGAGAGAUUGGUGCGCAGUGCUACCUCGAGUGUUCAGCGCUGACACAGAAGGGACUAAAGACAGUGUUUGACGAGGCCAUCCUGACAAUCUUCAGCCCCAAGAAACAGAAGAGGUGCUGUAUAGCAUGUCGGAGCUGUUGUACAAUUGCAUGAUCACAGAACCAUGUGGCAUAUCACGGUGAACAUCAGCAAACAUCCUGAAAUCAGUCUAUUUAAGGCAGGAAUGAGAGCCAAUUUCCUUCAGUCGCUGAAGGGGGAAAUGAGACACAGCCGAGGUUCUCUCAUGUUCUGUAAAGUACAUUUCCUGGACUUGCACAGACAGACAUUGACACUUAAACAAGACAUGCUUCACUGAAUUAGAAUGGAUAUAAAUGAAAGCAUCUGUAGAUCUGCUCCCAUUCCUAAGAUACAGACUGUGUGAUAAAGGAGUUUUCCUUUGGUAUUUGGAAACUUAAAACUCUAUAUAUAGAUGACUGUUUUAUAUAAAUCACACACACAACUCCGUACAAGUGCCUCAAUCAGCCACCAAGCAUUCGGUUUGUGCUCAUGCCAAAGACAGUUUGGUUUCUAACCUGAAGCUUUAAACAAGGAUACAAGUCUCUGAAUUGCCACAGGGCAACUUCCCCCAAUUACUAACUCACCCCCCCCCAAAAAAAAUGAACUCCAACUGUGGGCCAUUUUAAGUUUCAUACAUUAUCGACUUUACAAAAAGGCCCAUGAAACAAAUGUUGGAAACCCAUUCCUCCGUGAAGGGCAAUUUCCUUGCCUUUGCCUCAGAUCAAUAACACACUUUUCUGCAGCCAUGGUCUGAGAUAGUUAAGAGCCAAUUCUCAGGAAGCUGGCCAAAUCUUCAAUAAGGAGAGCAGAUACAAAAAAGAGGAGGAGUUGUAGAAAUUAGGAAGUACAACCCAAUUUAGUUUCAAAGACGGCCAUUUAAAAUGAGGGUUUCGAACAAGACAAACCCAGUGGUGCUACACAGUAACUUGCUCACCCUCCUAAAAACACAGUUACACAGGUUAAAUGUUCUCAUAUACAAGUAUCUCCAAAUUUCCAUGAAAGAAUCUUUUUGAGAACCUACCCAGGAUUUCAGUAGCGGAAGUGCCAAUGUCUACAACCAAUAUCUACAGGUUAACCAGAACAUCUUUUAUUGUUAUUGCAGUACAGGAGCCACAUGAAAACUAUACUCCACCCCACAAUUUACCACACACUCUCUAACUCUCUUCUAACAAACCAGGAAGGAUGAAGCUAGGAGGCUUCCUCUGAGACACAUGAAACCAAAUUCCAUAUAACUCAAAGGAAAAGUGCCAUCUAUCCAGUUUUACAUGCAUACACACUCGGACACCUUCCAUUAGCUAGUUUCACUGUGACUGACAGUAAUGCCCAGCUUUCCCACCUAAAGAUGCCGGCAGUUUUGUUUUUUCCUCUCUUAGCCGUGCUCUCAGGAUUUCAGCUCAUCUUUUGACCUGUGAACUCAUGAGCCUCUGUCAAUAAGAUGGGACUGUGGUAGCUGGUUGUUUAAAAAAAAAAAAACCACCACACAUAGAAGGUGCUUAUUAUUAAGUAGUGGACACCCAGAUUUUGUCUUGCUGUAUUCUUGACACAUCUUUUAAAAAAAAAAAGAAAAAAAAAGCUUCCUCAUCCACCGACAGGCCUUUGUUCUUUAUAUACUGUAAUUCAGUUGCUUCUCACUGCUUGCUUGGAUUUUCUUCUUGGCACUUCUGCAAUAGCAGUGCAAUGAAAACCCUCUGGGUGUGAGGCAGAUGCUUUUAAAUGUCUGCAUUUUACAAUUGUACAUGUCAACAAAGACGAGAUUUUACCAAAAGUCCAACCUCUGUUGUAACCAACAAACUGCUCCCUUCCAACAAAGCCUCCUCCUCAUUGACCCAAUUUAAGAACAACCUAAACACGAAGCUGCAUCUUCACCCCUCAUCUUUUUCCAGAGAGGUCUUUUGGGGCAGCCAGGGGUCGAGACCAUGUUGAAGCUCUGAUGUCCUUUCCAGCAAGAUGUUGCUUCUUAACAGAAGAUCAUGAACUAUUAAAACAGACGGAACAGUGCAAAAGUUCAGACAUGUUCUCACAUUCACUCAUAGCUUUCCAGUGUCUGAAAUGACACCAAAACGCACAUCUAUAUUCCGUGCCGUUUAAAUGCCCACCUACACUGGCAUUAAGUGUUUAAUUGCCUCGUUGUACACUGGUUGCUGUUAAGUGGCACCUCAGGGACGACUUCUGGAGCGAGCCACUUUUUCAUGAAGAGAAGGGUCCCUUACACACAGGAAGAAUGAGCCUGAAUGUGUGCGCCUUCCAUGUAGCACAUAGUUUAUUUUCUUAUUUUCAGACACUGUGCCUUACAUCAUCCUAUGCAACAAACUGUAUACUGUAAUCAUAGAAAGCCAGCAUCAACCCUGGCCACAUUAACUACAAAUCAAACUGUGUACUUGUAUCUUUUUUUAUUAUUAUUAUUUAGAAUGGAGUGAGAAUUACCUUUUUUUGUUUUGUAUAUGUAUAGGUUUGUGCAUCAUAUAUUAAAACAGCAGUUUUAGUUACUAUAAUCUAAUAAACCAGCAACUUUGUGUACA